CGCCCAAUCGGGACGAAGUCUUGGCUGGCCCGGGCUCUCGUGGGCUCACUCGCUCUAGGGAACCGGCACCAUGGCGUCGGGCUGCAAGAUCGGCCCGUCUAUCCUAAACAGCGACCUGGCCAACCUGGGGGCCGAGUGCCUGCGCAUGCUGGACUCGGGGGCCGACUACCUGCACCUGGAUGCACCCUGCUCUUCAGGGAGGUCAGUUUUUUGCAUUUUGUUCCCAACAUCACUUUUGGUCACCCUGUGGUUGAAAGCCUCCGAAAGCAGCUAGGCCAGGAUCCUUUCUUUGAUAUGCACAUGAUGGUGUCUAGGCCAGAACAGUGGGUAAAACCAAUGGCUGUGGCAGGUGCCAAUCAAUAUACCUUUCAUCUUGAGGCAACUGAGAACCCAGGGGCUUUGAUUAAAGACAUCCGAGAGAAUGGGAUGAAGGUUGGCCUUGCUAUCAAACCAGGAACUACAGUUGAAUAUUUGGCCCCAUGGGCUAAUCAAAUAGAUAUGGCCUUGGUAAUGACCGUAGAACCCGGGUUUGGAGGGCAGAAAUUCAUGGAAGAUAUGAUGCCCAAGGUUCACUGGUUGAGGACCCAGUUCCCAACUUUGGAUAUAGAGGUCGAUGGUGGAGUGGGUCCUGACACUGUUCAGAAGUGUGCGGAGGCAGGCGCUAACAUGAUUGUGUCUGGCAGUGCCAUUAUGAGGAGUGAUGACCCCAGAGCUGUUAUCAACUUACUAAGAAAUGUUUGCUCAGAAGCCGCUCAGAAACGUUCUCUUGAUCGAUGAAGCCACAAGGAACCCAGUCUCUGCUCAUGAAACAUUUUUUACUGGAAAAGAGGAAUAUUGACUACCAAAUCACAUUGCAAUCGAAGCAGUGCUGCAUUCCAGUGAUUAAAGUCAAUUGUGCAGGAUAUUCAAGAGGUUAGAAAUAACUACCUUUUUAGAGAUGCCAUUUAGAAAUUAGUGUGAUGAAAAAUAUUCAUGUUUAUACUAGGAGAAUGAUUUUUGUAAAGAGUGAAAAUAUGAUUUGUUAAGAUUACAGACAGAAAUAUGUCUUAAUGGCUAAAGAGGAAAAUUAGCUACUAUGAAAAACACUUUUCUGUAUUUUUACAAAGAAUGUUCUGUUGAUUCCCUGAUUUAUCCCUAAAGCAAAUGACAUCCAUAUUUUCUCUAGUUCAUGUCAUUUGUGAUUUGUUUAUAUGCCUGAGAAUAUGAAUGGAAUGAGACUAAAAUUAGAAGCUUUGGAGGGGUGGCAUGUCAUGGUCUGGCAUUUGAAUUAUUUUUACUUUUUAUCUUAUACUUGGUUUAUUAAAAACUAUAAAAAUAAUGUAUGAAGCCUAGGGUUUCUGAAAUGCAAGCACAGACUUACCAAGGUAUUUUCUUUGUCACAGCAGGCUACUCUGUAAUCCCUUUCUGCCCCUGGUUCUCACUCAGCCACCAUUCUUAAGGUCAUCAAAUAGAACUGUUGUGUUAGCCAGGAGCAGAAAGGAACCAUACAGUGUCUCUUGGAAGUGCCACUGGGUUGGAUACCAAUAGAACAGAAUAUCCUAUUCUAGCUCUUUAAUAAAAUCACCCAACUUGUUUUCACUGUAAACUCUUAUGUAUAUUAAAUGGAACCAUAACUAUUGUGCAUUUGAGAAUUAAGAGCAUAACAUGGUUUUGAAAGGCCUAUAGUUCUACUCCUAGACCGUAGAGGAUGCUCAACACAAAAUGGCAAGCAUCAUGUCUGUUCUGUGAGUUAUUAAGCACUUUGGUAUAAUCAUAUUAACUGCUAAUUAAUUGUCCUAUCAUUGUUAGAACAGGUAUUUUUUUCCUAUUUUAAGGCUAAAAAAAAGUAAAGCUCUCCAGUAGCCUGGUACAUAGAAAGGGUCUCGUCAUAAGCAGUUUUCUGGUGUGUACUACAACUCUGACUACAAACAGAGCUCCUGAGGUGGAUUAGAAAAAAGAAAGUUUGUACUUCUUUUAUUUUCAGUGUAACUGUAUCCUCUAGCAAAACAGAGUAAGUCAAGAAUACUCUGAAAGUAUAGAUUUUGACCCCAAGGAGAGAUGGAUAUAUAUAAAAUUUCUAAGAAAGUAGAAGUAGGCUAAGAGAUGAUAGAAUACAGACUUAAUCCAUAAAUAAGUAGUAAUAAAAUAAAUAAGAACACUGACAAAUAGGCAUGGAAUAGAGAGCUUGCCCGGGCUUUUUCCUGCCCUGUAAGAUAAAAGUUUAUUAAUACUUGUUUUUAUUUUAGCUUACGAAAGGUUUGUGCGUUUAAUCAAAUCACACAAUACAAGGCAUAUAGAAAUAACUUUAAUUAAAAAAAACUAUGUAGAAGGUUAUAAUAUCAGUCAUGACAAAGAUUUGAAAUUAUUUGCUGGGACAACUUGUAUUUUUCUGGCUUUUGUUAUCUUUUUCUUUAAAAAUAAAUGUACAGUAAAACUAUAAGCAAAAGUUUGUAAGUAUUGAAUUUAAAUGGUUCCCCCCCCCCUUCUGCCGGGAUCAGUUUAAUUUCUAAUCCUCAACGAAACCUUAAGUGUCUAAUCCCAUAGAGUCCAAGCUCAGUGGCCAGGAUUUUCAGUAGUAUGGGAACUACAAAUCGAAUAACCUUUCUUUGCAUAACAAAAAGUGGCUGAUACAAAUUGUCCUUAACUUUCAUCUAGGAAAAACAGUGGUAUGGCUUCAAAAAGAAUUUUCCUUAAUGUACACUCCUCACUAUUCUAUAUUAAAGUCUUGGUCUUGGAAAACUUGAA